AUAUAGAGGGAAUAAAGAAAAAAAGGAUGCUUGAAAUUACUAUUCUCUAGUCUCUCCCAUAUUCAAGGAUGUGUGCAUGAACUUGCCUGUUAAUAAAAUAAGCUCCCUUUAUCUGAAAUGGAGCAGAAUUAUUAAUCAGAACCCUGAAAUAGAUCCUUUAAUUUAAUAUUGUCUUCCCAUACCAGGGAAUCCCAUUUUUAAGGAAACGACUCAAGUGAAGCAGGGGAACCCUUUGUAAAGGCAAAUACUCCUCUAGCAUGAUGUGAACAUUAUACUCAGGUCCCACCUAAAAAGAAGUUCCUCAACUACUAUAAAAGGAGUCACCACUUAACAGACCAAAUACCCACCAACUACCUUUAACACUUCUCUAGCUAUCAACACUCAUAAACCACUGCUUUCAGUUUCUUCCUUUUUCUGAAGCUCCAGUUUUAUCAGAUAAAGGCAAGAAUGAGUUCUCCAGGGGAUUGGUUGUGUGGUGCAUGCCAACAUGUAAACUUCAAGAAGCGAGAAUCAUGCCAGAAGUGUAGCUUUCCAAAGUACGGAAGCCAGGCUGAUAUCCCAUAUUACAUUGCUAACACAAAGUCUAGUAGGACAGAGGUUUUGGCCGGAGACUGGUACUGCCAGACCAUGAAUUGUGGGGCCCACAAUUACGCUAGCCGUACAAGCUGCUUCCGCUGUGGAAACCUUAAAUGUGAAUACGGGACUGUUGGUGUUGGUUAUGGAACUGGUGACAUGAUGAUGGGAGCUGGAGGAUAUAGCUCAGAACAACAACAGCAACAACUCAUGCCAGGGUGGAAGGCUGGAGACUGGAUUUGCAUGAGACCUGGAUGUGGUUUACACAAUUAUGCAUGCAGGAUGGAAUGCUACAAGUGCAGAUUACCAAGAGAUUAAGGUGGAGCAAUGUAAGAGAGAAAUAAUUUUACAGAGGCUUCCAUGAUUUAAUUCAGUUUCUAUUGUAACUUUCUGAAUCAUAGCACCUAUUGAGGAGUUUUUAUUUCCUUCUACUUUUAAGUGUAAUUUUAGUCAUUGUAAGGUGCUAUGAAAGGAUUAAGUAAAUCCCAAAAAGGGUAUUUUUCUGGGUUACAAGGAAAAAUCCAUGUCUUACAAGUGCAAUUCCUCCUCUUUUGGCCACUACUUGUUUAAGCAAUGACUAACAACUCUCACUUAAAAAUAUUCCAUUCUGGGAAUCACUCAAGUCUAAUUUGAUUUUAGGGGUGUGCUUCAUUCUGCUAAUGUAUUUCCCUUUCAAAGGAGCAAUAAUUAAUGAGCCCUUUUUGGCAUAAAAUCUUAAAGAGUAGCAGCAUGCAGAUAAGAACCUCAAGACUAAUUUGGUUUUAGGGGUGUGCUUCAUUCUGCUAAUGUGUUUCCCUUUCAAAGGAGCAAUAAUUAAUGAGCCCCUUUUGGCAUAAAAUCUUCAAGGGUAGCAGCAUGCAGAUAAGAACCUGAUGCUGCACUUUAGAGCAUGGGUUUAAAAAAAAAAAAGGUCCAAUCCUCUGUUGGUCUUCCGACUUCCCAAUGCUAAAUUUGAUGAAUUCCGCAUAUCCUAACUUUAUUAGAAGUAAAGAUUUACC